AUGACCGAAUCGAGCCAACCUGCGACCGAAAAUCACUUUUCGGACGGAAAAAAUGAGUCGGCUGACUAUGUGGUCUCAUAUCCAAGUGAAUUUGACGAGAAUCUCUCGGAAUCUGAUCGUGAGGAGAAACGGCGCCUGAUCAAGCAAGUAAGUUUUCAAGGAUUCCGUUGUUACUAA